AUGGCUUUCAAUUGCUUCUUUGUUCCUUUCUCAUUGCUUCUCUUGUCAUUGCUAGUCAUUGCUUUUGCUGCUGAUUAUGGUAAUGAUUCAUCUAAAUAUGGUUAUCAUGGAAUCCCAGCUGAUAGCCCUCGGCAAAUGCCAGAAGGAGAAGCAAAGCCUGAGUAUGGUUCAAAGCCAGGAGAGAAAAAGCCUGAUUAUGGUGAAAAACCAGUCAUUUACAAGCCAAAUCCCAAAGAGAAACCUGGUUACGAUCGGAAACCAGAAGGAGAAGAAGAGCCCAAUUAUGGCACAAAACAAAACAAUUACAAGCCAGAGCCAGAAGAAAAAGAAAAGCUUUGGUCCAUUGCUGUUGAAGGGCUUGUUUUAUGUAAAUCAGGUUCCAAGCACUAUCCAAUUCAAGGGGCUUUAGCGAAGGUAACAUGUCAAGCUGUUGAUGAGAUUGGACACGAGAAAACUCUACCUAUUUGCAGUGUACCAACUGAUGCAAAGGGUUACUUCUUUGCAACAGUGUCGUCUUUAAGUGUGGCAGAUAAGUCUUUGAAGCUUAAAGAUUUCAAAGCAUUCCUUGAAAGGUCUCCAUUGGAAACCUGCAAUGUUCCAACAAAUGUCAACAAAGGGAUUACUGGUGCUCCUCUUUCUGUCAGCUAUCGAGUUCUCAAUGAGAAGCAUUCAAAAUUGUAUUCCGUGGGGCCUUUCUUCUUCACCUCUGAACCUAUCUCAGUCCCUAAUGGUUACUAGAAUUUGAGUUUAUUCUUCAUGAACAACAUUCUGUUUCUUUUCCACCAUUUUUUUUUUUGUUCUGUUUUCGGA